AUGGCCACUCACAUCACUUCCACCACCACCAACAACAACUACAUUAUACCAACACCAACACCAACACAAUUGUUCCCUAGGAGAAACAAUAAUCUCCCUAUAGAUUCAAGGGAUUUCCUUGCCCCAUCCUCCUCGAGAAAACCGAAAGGCAGACCUUUAGGCUCUAAGAAUAAACCUAAACCACCUGUUGUUAUUGAGGGAAACCCUAACAUGUUAAUGGAACCAGUUUUCAUUCAGAUCCCUGCUGGAAAUGAUGUUGUUGAGACUCUCAUCAACUUGGCUCGAACUCAUCAGGCUAAUAUCACUGUAUUGAGUGGUUCUGGUCUUGUCUCUAAUGUUACCAUUUUGCACCCCAUAUCUCGUGCCCCUACUUUCCCUAUCAAAGCAACAUUGCAUAUGAUAUCUAUCUCUGGAACUUAUCUGAAUGCUAACUCUGUUGGUAUUUCUCACCAAUUUAUUGCUGACCAAUCACGCUCAUCGUUUUCCAUUUAUUUUUGUGGAGAUCGUAGACAGGUGCAUGGUGGCAUUAUUGGAGGAAAGAUCGAGGCUGUCGGUGUUGUUUCCAUUAGGGCCACUCUUUUUAAAAAUCCAGGGUUUCAUAGGGUAGCUAUUGUUAAUGGAGUUUUUCAAGAAAUUGAAGGGAAUGACACAAUGUAUAAUGGCGGUGUCAUUCCUAAUGCUGAUCGUGCUACAUAUGGAUCCACCAACAAUGUUAUGGGUUCCAGUUCAGCUCAACCAGAUUAUCAAAUGCUUCAUCCUUCUCUUCCACCAAAUGUGAAUUUAAUGCAAUGGAAUCGCAACCGUUCCACCCGUAAUGAUACUUAUUAG